ACCCCCAGAAAAGUCAGUGUUUGCAACGAACGUUGUGUCCUUAAAGGAACAGCGCGGAUUAACCAAAUCUCCCCCGAGCACAACGCCGUGACAUCGCCGGAUUCUGACCUUGCCUUUAACUGUCCCUUUAAGGGUUUCUAUUACGUUGCGGGCGUUUUGUGACGACACUGCCGCGCAUGCUCAUUCGCUGGACCUGGGCGCGCUCUGUUUUGAAAGUUGUUCGGUUUGGCGGCGGCUGCUGUGCGUAAUUUUUUAAUUCGACUGCGUGAAAGCAUGGCUGAGAAUCUUGCGAGGCUGAAAGUGGGUCUUAUUGUUAAAAUCAAACGCAGCAAUGGGAUGAUACAAGAUGCAAGUAUAACUGAAUUAAAUACUGAGAAAUCUUGUGUAAGAGCCGAGUGGCUGGAGGAUUCCGUAAGUAAAGCCAAAGAGAUCGACAUUGAAAGCUUACUGUUGUUAAAUCCUAACUUAAUAGAAAAGAUGCCACCUCCAAAGCUCCCAAGAAGGAACACACGGCUCCCAAGACGUGAAUCAGCGCUGCCGAGGAAUGGAAUCGCUAAGGAAAAGCCUGUAUUUGAUGAUGUUGAAGUACCACGUCCCACUCGUUCACGAACACAAGCUGCAUUGGAGGUACAAAUAGUGCCUAAUUCGAGAUCAGCUGAAGUAGAUCCUGUAAACUGCAGGAACAUUUCUACAGGAAGAAAAUCCACUUGUGUAAGGGAAACUGAAAAGCUUAAGAAACAGCGGGAAGAUAGGCGAACUCAGCUUCAAGAAAUAAGAGAAAAGCGUGCACAGGAAUAUGACACCAGCAAUCCAAACUGGGAAUUCAUGAAAAUGAUUACAGAAUUUAGAGCAACACUAGACAGUUAUCAUCAUCUUUCUUCUUCAGAUCCUGUUGAGUUGCACAAAAUAUGUGUCUGUGUCCGGAAACGACCACUCAGCAAAAAAGAAAAAAUGAAAAAAGAGAUCGAUGUUAUUACAGUUUCAAGUAAAAAUGUUGUCCUUGUGCAUGAACCAAAGAUGAAAGUUGAUCUCACCAAAUACUUGGAUAACCAGCCCUUCAGAUUUGACUAUGCCUUUGAUGAUUCGGUUACCAAUGAAGAAGUAUAUAGGUUCACAGCAAAGCCUUUAGUACAAACCAUCUUUGAGAGAGGAAUGGCUACCUGCUUUGCCUAUGGGCAGACUGGAAGUGGCAAAACUCAUACAAUGGGAGGUGACUUCUCUGGGAAAAAUCAAGACUGUUCCAAAGGAAUCUAUGCUCUUGCAACUCAAGAUGUGUUUUUGCUGCUUGAACAGCCCCGAUACAAGGAUCUUAAUCUGAAAGUAUUUGUAAGCUUUUUUGAAAUCUAUAGUGGUAAGGUAUUUGAUCUCCUGAACAAGAAAACAAAGUUGCGUAUAAUGGAAGACAAUAAACAACAGGUGCAGAUAGUAGGGCUGCUGGAGCAGGAUGUCUUCUGUGUAGAUGAUGUGAUCAUGAAUAUUGAUAUGGGGAAUAAUUACAGGACUUCAGGGCAAACAUCUGCAAAUAAUAACUCUUCCAGAUCUCAUGCAGUCUUCCAAAUUAUUCUGCGAAGGAAUGAUAAACUUUAUGGCCAGUUUUCCCUCAUUGAUCUGGCUGGAAAUGAGCGAGGUGCUGAUACCAGCAGUGCAGACAGACAAACACGAAUGGAAGGUGCAGAAAUUAAUAAAAGUCUACUUGCCUUGAAGGAGUGCAUUCGAUCAUUGGGCCAGAAUAAUAUCUACACACCUUUUCGAGCAAGCAAGCUGACUUUGGUGCUGAGAGAUUCAUUUAUUGGUGAAAACUCGAGGACCUGCAUGAUUGCAAUGAUUUCACCUGGUUUAAAUUCCUGUGAGCACACUCUAAACACAUUGAGAUAUGCAGACAGGGUGAAAGAACUUGGUGUUGAAGAAGUUUCCAAUGAACCAGAAUGUUCCACAAUCUCUAAAGAGAAAAGAAUCAAUGAAUCCUUGGAACAGUCUGAUAUUCGGUUGCUGUGUGAGAAAAUUGAGGCACCAUCAAAAAUUUGUGACUUGCAUGUAGAUGUUUCUCGAAUUCUUGAACUGGAAGAACAGGUGGUGGAUGAACACCGAGAAAUUCAACAGAAAUUACUACAGUGGAGUGAAGCAGAUAAUAAACUCUUGAAGAUGACGCAGCUACCAGACUAUAAUGUUGAAAACUACACCAACAUAUUACAAUCAUACAUGGACGAGAGGAUGGAAAUAUUUCAAGAAUUUGACAAAAUCCUGAAAGCCUUGCGACAAGCUUUGCAGAAGGAGGAACAAGCUGCUAAAAUUCAAGGUUGAAGCCAUGACCUCCAAUUUGAGGAUCUUGAGUGUCUGUCAAGUAUUCGGAUUGUAACUCUUGUGGCCACUAGAUUCAACUCUCAUUCAUCCGGGGGCUGCAAAUUUUGUACGUGUUCCUCUUUGCUGUUCAUGCCCUUGCAAUCCUCUUUCUAAAACUUUUGUCUAUGUGACUUUUAGAUGUUUUCUUUUGAAAAUGUACAGAUUUAUAUCUAGUAUAUAAUAUGCUUGAACUGACUUUGUGACACAUAACUAAAAGUGAAAGUUUGCAUACAUAGUGAUGCAGUUAUGCUGUUUAGUUUUUCAGAAUGCAUUGAUUUCUCUAAUCCAUUCCAGUGUUGUAUAUGAGAAAGUCAACUUGUUUAAAGAGAACUUUGAAGGAGGAGAGUGGAAUUGCUCUGUCUUUGUUUUCAUUCCCUGCCCCAAAAUAUAGCAGAAAUGUUUCAUGUCGGCAAACUAUAUUUUAAUGUGCUGGAGUUACCUAAUACAUAAAGACUUGCUAAGUAUUCCACAAAACUGUUUUAUUGUUCCAGUUGGAUAACCUGCCAAACAUUUGGUACUUAGGUUUAAUGAAUGGUGACUGACAUUGCUGUCCUCCAGCAUGUUUGCAAUCAAAAGUCAAUUCAGUGUACCAAUGAAACACUACCAAGUUCAAGGACAGAAUGGUAUAACUUUUUUAGGCUGUUAAAAUAGUCUUGAUUUUUUUGUUUUGUCAUUGGUGAACAAAAUAUAAAGCAGCUGCAGAAUGUUUUGAUUCAUCACAAAUUGUAUAAUGCUUGGCAAUACAAUAGGAGUCCGGUAGAUCCCAAGUGAAGCACUGCAAUUUCUUUUUCUAAAACUGUUCGACCCGGAGGACAAAGUAAACUAUUAUAAAUCUGCCUAAUUCAUAACUUAAGACCAUUUUCUACACUGUUUAUUCUGCAUAUCCAGAAAUGGAGUAGGAGGAGAGAAAUCAAUUGACUUCUAAUUCUGAAGUAACCUAGAUGUGUUUUUAUGAACAACUAUCUGGCAAAGAACUGAAUUAAGGUUUCCUUAGUCUACCCUUAAAUGAUUGGUGUACAUGAUGGAAAAGUCAAAUGUGAACUGUUCUCUGGUCUGUAUCUACUCCAGAUUGCAUGGUCCAUUGGAAUUUGUUGAAUUGAGGAAUCAUUAUACUGUAAUGUUCUUGACAUAUUUAAUAAAGAGAUUAAAUACCAUA